UCUAAUUUUGUAUAACUAUUGUUAUCGAUUAGUUGUUCUAUAUGUGCAAUACUAAUUUUAUCGUUCCCAAUAUAUAAAUCCGCUGUUGAUGAUAACAAUCGAUUACGCCAUUUGGUAACGAUAUGUACCGGAUCUUGAAAAAACAAGAAGAGUUGAUUUCUACUAAAAAAAACCAAAUCCAGUCAUUCGGUAUAUUUAUUUUAAAUGCAUGUUGAUGCUUGUCUAAUUUGAAAUUGGCUAAUGAUGCGAAGAAAUUACUGGCAAGACGCAUGGCACUUAUGUAUUUGUUAUCUGCAUCUAUUUACAAUUAAGAUACAUUUGAGAGGAGCAUUGUAUAAAUAAAAUUUACCUGUAGAAAAUCCGAUAAUGCGAACAUCUUUAUCUAAACAACGUUCAAAAAUAUACAUCCAUCGUCGUAAAAUAUUCAUAGCUGUAAAUUUGUUGUCAACACCAUAAGCAGAGAGUAAAACUGGUUUCGGAAAAUUUGUUGGAUCAUCUUCUGUUGAUAUACUUUGGAACAUAUGUACAUUCAAUAAUGGUGCUGUUUCAUUGGUACUAUAAAUGAUUAAAAAUCAUCAAAUGUAUCAGCUUGAUAAUGUUUCGUCAAUGGAAUACCAUCAACAAUUGGUGUUGUAAAUCCAAUGAAUGAGUUUGUCGACGAAUCGUAUUCAACUUUAGGAAUGACACCAGUAGUAUCUUCGCCACGUGUGAUGGAACGACUCACUCGUUCUGAGUUUAUUUCAAUAAUGAAUAACAAUAAUAUAUGAACGCAGUAUAUAUAUUCCAGCAGAGAGAAAAACGAGAGAGAAUGAUUAAUGAAUAGAACAUUAGAACAUGACCGAUGUGCCCGAUCGGGGUCAUGAAGAGUAGUGACGGGUAGAAUCCGUCGCAGUGUGAUUGCUGGAUUUCGCUCGUUAAAAGAUGCUUUAAAACAAAGGUUAAUGAACAAUCAACAAAAUCUAAAGGACGAAAACAACAACAUCAACAACAAUUAUUUAAUACAAAUUUAUCAUCAAUCUAUUCUUUAGUACCAACAGCACCGGCAACAGCAACAACACAAGCACCAUCAAUAUCUAAUAAAUUGUCUUUGGUUGAAAAUACAGCACAUGUACUGAAACUCAUUCACAAAUGGUGUUCGGAUAACAAAGAAAAUUUUCAUUUAGAACAUUUUGAUUUACAAGAAAAUUUUGAUUUUUUUUUAAAUAUUGAUUAUGAUGAAAGUUCUGAUGUUGCAAAAGAAUUAACAUUAAGUCGACAGCAGCAGCAACAAUCAACACCUGUUACAUUAACAUCUUCAAAUCGAUCAAAUACAUCAUCAAUAGAAGUAGCUGCUGUUUCACCAACUAACGCACAAACAACAACUCAAAUGGAUUCUUCAGCAUUACCAAAUGAAACUGUACAUAAUGGUGGUAAACGUCGUUUAAUAUCACAAU